CCGUCCAGAGUCACCUCCUCCAGCUCCGCCAUCUUGCGUGAGGUACUCGGGUCCGUCCCGACGGCUUCGGGCAUCUUCGGAAACAUGGAAGAGACUGCGGGAGUUGGUGCUGAAAGACUCUAGUGAUCUCUGGGCGCCCUUUGAGAGGAAAGGGGAGGUAACUAACAGGAUGCCACUGGAAUCGUCAUCUUCGUCAAUGCCACCAUCCUUACCUUCGGUGCCAGAUGACAUUGCUGGCUCGUCCCCUCCUCCAAUGUCUUACAUCACUUCCCAGGAGAUGAAGUGUAUUCUUCACUGGUUUGCCAGUUGGUCGGGUCCCCAGCGGGAACGUUUUCUACAAGACCUGGUAGCUAAGGCAGUGCCUGGAAAGCUGCAGCCUCUGCUGGAUGGUCUGGAGCAGCUUAGUGUAUCUGGGGCAAACCGGCCACCGUGUAUCUUUGAGUGUCAGCUACGGCUUUGGGAUCAGUGGUUUCGAGGUUGGGCUGAUCAGGAGCGCAAUGAAUUUGUCAGACAGCUGGAGGUCAGUGAGCCAGAUUUUGUUGCAAAGUUUUACCAAGAAGUAGCUGCCACUGCCGGUAAAGACUGAUAGCUAAUCAGAUCAAGAAGAUAACUAUGUCUGAUCAAGCCAAAGACCAUGACUAGCGUGACAGCUGAGGGCAAGUAUGUCACUUAGAGAUGUGUCUGACUGCUGGGGCAGUGGUGUGCCCUUUUCUCCAACACCAGGAGGCAGAGGCAGCCUAGCCUACAUAUCAAGUUCCAGGACAGCCAGUGCUACAAAGAGACCCUGCCCCUGGGGGAAGAAAAUUGUGUGAACUUCAUGAUGAGUGCCGGCACUGUUUUUAACUUAGUGAUGCCACCUGGACUCUGUAAAUGUCAUUCAUUUAGACAAAUCUGGUUAUGGCACGUACCUGCUUUAGCAGGAGAUGUCUAAAUUCAAGAAUUUAGUGACUUUUGUUACUAUAAGUAAAUGAACCUGUAUUUUAUAACUCAGGCCUACUGCUGGCCCAGAUAGCUGGUUUUACCACAUUCACGCAACUCUAGUAUAAAAUGUGAUGUCCCAACUAUUGGAUUUUCCAGUGAUGAUUUAAUAAAUUAAGGAAAAUCAAGAGAGGAAAAUAAU